AACAAACAAAUUUCAUUCAUUUUUCGUGUUCCAAUUCUAAUUCUAAUGCACAUAAGGAAGGUGUUUGAUAAAUGUUUUGUGUCAUAAUGAUGGGAACAAUAAUAAUCAUCAGGAUUCUCUUCAUAAGUUUGAUCUUUUGCUUGACAGAUGGGGGGGUUCCUGUUAGUUUUAUAUUUGGAGAUUCAUUGGUUGAUGUGGGGAACAAUAACUACAUUAUCUCUCUUUCAAAAGCUAAUUUUUAUCCAUUUGGAAUUGAUCUUGGAGACCCAACAGGAAGAUAUACAAAUUCCAGAACUAUAGUUGACAUAAUAGGAAAGGAACUUGGGAGAAAGAAUUUCACCCCUGCUUACUUGAAUCCAACAACCAAAGGACCAGUUAUUCUGCAGGGUGUGAAUUAUGCUUCUGGAGGAGGUGGGAUUUUAAAUUCUUCAGGGCAGAUCUUUGUUGGUAGGAUUAACUUAGAUGCUCAGAUAGACAAUUUUGCAAAUACCAGACAAGACAUAAUCACAAUCAUAGGUUUUCCAGCUGCUAUGAAACUGUUAGAAAAUGCAAUCUUCUCUGUUACAAUUGGCUCCAAUGAUUUCAUCAACAAUUAUCUUAUACCCAUCAUCUCAACUGCGAAACAGAGCUUGGUUUCUCCAGAUGAGUUUGUGGGUUCCAUGAUUUCCAGAUUUAGGACUCAACUCACUCGGCUUUACAAAAUGGGUGGACGAAAGAUAGUGGUGACUAAUAUUGGACCCAUAGGAUGCAUUCCAUAUCAAAGGGAAGUAAACCCAUCUGCUGGAAACAAUUGUGCUGCUUUUCCAAAUGAAAUAGCUCAAUUAUUCAACUCCCAAUUGAAGGAUUUAAUCUCAGAGCUUAGAACAAGUCUUGUUGGUUCCAAUUUUCUCUAUGCUGAUGCAUACAACAUUUUUGUCGACAUCAUUCAAAACUAUACUACAUAUGGUUUUGAGAACGCGAACUCGGCUUGUUGUGCUAUAGCGGGACGUUAUGGCGGUCUGUUACCGUGUGGACCGGCGGCUAGAGUGUGUGAUGACAGGUCUAAGUAUGUGUUUUGGGAUGCUUAUCAUCCAACUGAAGCUGUUAAUGUUCUAAUUGCCAAGCGUUUGGUGGAUGGUGGCCUAAAUGAUAUAUCACCCAAUAAUAUUAGAAGCCUUGUUUAAAUAAUAUGUAACACCUAAUUAAUAGGUUUAUACUAUAGAAAAUAUUGAAAAUACAGCUUAUUAAUACAAAAUGAGUUAAUUAUUUACAUAUA